AUUUGUUUGACACUUUCCAUGGCGCACUUUUGGCCCAAGUAGUAGGUUAGUAUCGUUAAAUUGACAUAGUAUAUAUAUAUAUAUAUAUAUAUUCAUGUAUAUAAUUUAUAUUAAGAUACUGAAUCAUAAUAAUGGCGUACAUGCAGAUAUCGAAAGUCCUUUAUCGGAUUUUAAUGCCAAGAGCGACACGGACGUGCAGAUUUUCAGAGGGCAAUUGGUUCGACCACACACACAGGACGGAGUCUCAGUCGACAGCGUCGAGACUGACCUUCCACGGGAGACACGAAGUCGAAAGUGUUGCGUGGAAAUAUCACGCUCUGUGCUGCUUUUUGCAAUCACGCAGAGGUUUUACUCUUGACUUCAGAGCAAGAAAUAAAAGCGAGGAGCGAGGCGGUGGACAGAAAUCAGUUUACAAAUACCAGAGUGGGAGCCCAAAGCCAUCAUCUACACGCAAAGUGAAAGAAGCUGGCCGAGAUUUCACCUACUUGAUAAUUGUACUCAUCGGGCUUGGAGUUACAGGUGGUCUUCUGUAUGUGGUCUUCCAGGAACUGUUUUCUUCCUCCAGUCCAAAUAAAGUAUAUGGGAAAGCGUUCAACAAAGUCAGAUUAGACCCAGAGGUAAUUGGCGCAUUCGGCGAACCAAUCAAGUGUUAUGGUGAGACGACUCGUCGAGGAAGAAGACAGCAAGUCAGUCAUAUGGAGUACUUGAAGGAUGGACUGAAGCACAUGAGACUGAAGUUUUACAUAGAGGGAUCCGAACCAGGCCUAAAAGGCACAGUGCACUCUGAGUCAAAAGAGAAUCCUGAAUCUGGAGCAUAUGAGUUCCGCUACAUAUUUGUGGACAUAGAUACCUACCCAAGACGGACCAUCAUUGUAGAAGAUAACCGAUAAAAACAGCAUCAAACAACAAAAUGAGAGGACUACUCAAUGGAGAUAUUUCAUUGGCUAAUAAUUGUAAAUAUUAUGUAUGUUGUAAAUGUGAAAAUAGCUGAGGGUACAAAUGUAACAUUGGUGAUUAAAAGCAUUUGCAUUAAACAGGAAA